AUGGGAGAGCGCUGGUGUGCGGCGGUGCUGCGGGUGCUGGUGCUGCAGGCGGCCUGGGCGCUGGCGGGCGGGCAGGUGCGCUACUCGGUGGCGGAGGAAGCCAAGGCCGGCACGGUGGUGGGCCGUCUGGCGCAGGACCUGGGCCUGGAGGCGGGCGAGGCGGAGGCGCGGCGGCUGCGGCUGGUGGCGCAGGGCCGGCGGGCGAGCGUGGAGGUGAGCGGGGCGAGCGGCGCGCUGCUGGUGAGCUCGCGGCUCGACCGGGAGGAGCUGUGCGGCAAGAGCGCGCCGUGCGCGCUGCGCCUGGAGGUGCUGCUGGAGCGGCCGCUGCGCGUCUUCCAUGUGGAGCUGGAGGUCACCGACAUCAACGACAAUGCCCCCAUCUUCCCCGCCGCCCGCAAAAACCUCAGCAUCGCGGAAUCGUCUCUGCCGGGGUCUCGUUUCCCGCUGGAGGGCGCGUCGGAUGCGGAUAUCGGAGUGAACGCGCAGCUCUCCUACACACUCAGCCCCAGCGAGCAUUUCUCUCUGGAUUUGCAAAAAACGGAGGUGGACGGUGAAUCCUUAUUCCUGGUACUCAGGAAACCUCUGGACCGCGAGACGACUCCCGUGCACCGGUUGGUGCUGACAGCGACUGACGGGGGCCGGCCGUCUCUGAGUGGGACAAUGGAGCUGGUGAUCUCCGUGCUGGACGCGAAUGACAACGCGCCCCAGUUCAACCAAUCAGUGUAUAAAGUGCAGCUACCAGAAAAUGCAGAACAUGGCACCUUAGUAAUCAAACUAAAUGCCAUGGAUUUAGAUGUGGGGUCAAACAGCAAUAUCUCGUAUUCCCUCGAGACUCUGUUCCCUCAGGAUGGAAAAGACGUUUUUGCAAUCGAUAGAAAAAGCGGAGAGAUUCGACUAAGGAAGGAUUUAGACUUUGAGGAUGUUAGCCUUUACCGCCUGCAAGUGGGUGCUACAGAUCAAGGAAACCCUCCACUUUCGGGUCACUGCAAGGUGGUGCUGGAGGUGCUGGACGUGAACGACAACGCGCCGGAGGUGCGGGUGACGUCGCUGUCGGUGCCGGUGGCGGAGGACGCGUCGGUGGGGACGGUGGUGGCCCUGCUGAGCGUGUCGGACCGGGACUCGGGGGAGAACGGGCGCGUGCGGUGCUGGGUGUGGCCGGCGUCGCCGUUCGGUCUGGAGGCGACGUUCGCGGGCUCGUACUCGCUGGUGCUGCGCGAGGCGCUGGACCGGGAGCGGGUGUCGGAGUACGAGGUGGAGGUGCGUGCGGAGGACGGCGGGGCGCCGGCGCUGCGCGCCAGCCGCGGGCUGCGGGUGCCGGUGUCGGACGUGAACGACAACGCGCCCGCGUUCGCGCAGGCCGUGUACACGGUGCUGGCGCGGGAGAACAACGCGGCGGGCGCGGAGCUGGCGCGGCUGUGGGCGCGGGACCCGGACGAGGCGGGCAACGGGCGCGUCAGCUACUCGGUGUGGGAGGGCGGCGCGGGCGGCGGCGGCUGGCGGGCGGCGUCGAGCUACGUGUCGGUGGACGCGGAGAGCGGGCGUCUGUGGGCGCUGCGGCCCCUGGACUACGAGGAGCUGCAGGUGCUGCAGUUCGAGGUGCGCGCGGUGGACGCGGGGGAGCCGCCGCUGUGCGGCAACGCCACGGUGCAGCUCUUCGUGCUGGACGAGAACGACAACGCGCCCGCGCUGCUGCCGCCCGCGGGCUCGGCACCGGAGGCGGGCGGCGUGGCGGCAGCGGAGGCGGCGGCGGCGGCGGCGGCGGGCGCGGGCUCGGAGUCGGGCACGCUGUGGGCGUGGGCGGCGUGGGGGGCGCCGGCGGGGCAGGUGGUGGCGAAGAUCCGCGCCGUGGACGCCGACUCGGGCUACAACGCGUGGCUGCGCUACGAGCUGUGGGAGCCGCGGGGCAAGGGCCCGUUCCGCGUGGGGCUCUACAGCGGCGAGGUGAGCACGGCGCGGGCGCUGGACGAGGCGGACGGGCCUCGCCAGAGGCUGCUGAUCGUCGUGCGCGACCACGGCGAGCCGGCGCGCUCGGCCACGGCCACGCUCAGCGUGUCGCUGGUCGAGGCCGCCGAGGCGGCGGCGGCCGCGGCCGCGGGAUCCUCGUCGUCGUCGGUGUCGCGGUCGGCGCUGGGCGUGGAGCUCGGCCCCGGCGCGGCGAGCGCGGCGACCAACGUGUGGCUGGUGGUGGCCAUCUGCGCGGUGUCCAGCCUCUUCCUGCUGGCCGUGGUGCUGUACGGGGCGUCGCGCUGGGCGCCGCGGGCGGCCGUGCUCUCGGGGCCCGGGCCCACGACGCUCGUGUGCGCCAGCGAAGUGGGCAGCUGGUCGUACUCGCAGCGCCACAGCCGCAGCCUGUGCGUGGCGGAUGGCGCGGCCAAGAGCGACCUCAUGGUUUUCAGCCCCAACUUCCCUCCGCCGCCGCCCGGCCCCGCGCCCAAGGACACGCAGCCGGAGCCCUCCGCUCUCCUCGACACGGUCAGUGGUCCUUCCUUCAUUCCCUUCUCUGCUCCUUUUCAUCCGCCCUCCUGA